UCCCAGCACUGUUGUCUUCUAUAAGCCAAAGAGUGCUCUUCGCCUUUAACUCCACUGUACCCCACUGUGCAGGGGAAAUGUAGUGUUAGCCUUUUAUUUUGUCGGCACAUAAAAAGAUGCGCCGUCUAGUUGUUUCUAAUAAUAGCCGAUCUUAUUUUAACUGCACCGACGCCUUAUUGCAUUAUGGAUGCCUCCGGAAUGGUGUCCCUUCAAGAUAGCGUGGGAAUAUUUCAGUAGAAGGCAGUGUGGCUGUGCAUCUCAGGGCUAAAUGCUCCAGCAUCAUUCGGCCGCCUAUAACUGCAAGAGCAUCUCGUUUACCGGAGGCUGUGUCAUGCCUGUAGCGUGAGUCUGGGCUGCUGUGCACGGGCAUGCGUUUCUUUGAUCCGCUGCUGAUCACUUUAUUCUCUGCAUGCCGGAUUUAACUCCGCGGGAGCGCUAUGCGGGAGUAUAAGGUGGUGGUGCUCGGCAGCGGCGGGGUGGGGAAGUCCGCGCUGACGGUCCAGUUUGUCACCGGGACAUUUAUAGAAAAGUACGACCCGACCAUUGAAGAUUUCUACAGGAAGGAGAUCGAGGUGGAUUCCUCUCCGUCGGUGCUGGAGAUCCUCGACACGGCCGGCACCGAGCAGUUCGCCUCAAUGAGAGACCUUUACAUCAGAAACGGCCAGGGCUUCAUCCUGGUCUACAGCCUGGUCAACCAGCAAAGUUUUCAGGACAUCAAACCCAUGAGAGAUCAGAUCAUCAGGGUGAAAAGGUACCAGCAGGUACCGGUGGUUCUGGUGGGCAACAAGGUGGACCUGGAGGAUGAGAGGGAGGUGUCCCCCAGCGAGGGCCAGGCGCUGGCUGAGGAUUGGGGCUGCCCCUUCAUGGAGACGUCGGCCAAGAGCAAGACCAUGGUGGAUGAGCUUUUCGCGGAGAUCGUCAGGCAGAUGGACUUCUGCCCUCUGCCGGACCGGAGAGAGGCCUGCUGCCCCGCCUGUAGCAUACAGUAGCUGAAUGUCGGAGGGGAGGUGGAGCAGGAGUGAUUGGUGGAUGGAUUGGAGAGGAGUAGAAAUUAGAGUCCAAAUGUAUUCAUGUUAGACAAACUUGAAGAUUGGAGAGGGGGCAGGGUUAAAGGAAGCAAACCCCCACUUUUGGUGUCACUAUUCUUAGCUGCUUCCUAGAGGAUUCUGGGAAAUGUAGGAAGUUGCAGAGAAAGCAGGUUAAGGGGAAUUCAGUUUUGACAUUCACUACUUCUCCAACACAGAGGGGAUUUUUUUCCCCUCUUAAAAUAAAACAAAAAACAAAAACACACGACCUUCCUGCUACUAUCACGGUUUUUGCUGAUUAUUCCAGAGUGAAUUCCCGGGGUUUUCCCAAAGGCAGCGCGGUGCCAAAAACCAUCUUAAAAGCCAUCAACAAAGAGGACCACAGUGCUAAAUGCUUUUGGGAAAGCAGCCAUAGGUCCAUGGGAGGACGGCUCGGCGUGCUCAGCAGUUCUAUCUGUCCUGUUUUUCUUCUGCUUGUUGUUCUAUUUUGCACUUUUUUGGUUUUUUUGCCAGUGCAACGGCCAUUCACCGAGUACCCGGAGAGAUAAGUUAACACCACUGUGAAGGAGUCGUUACUGGAAGGUGCAUUUGGAAGCAGGGCCCACCUUAACAAUAAAUGAAUGACAGGAUGAACGAAUGUGUUUGAAACAAACAAACAAACAAAAAA